AUGCUGCUGGACGCCGGCCCUCAGUUCCCGGCCCUGGGUGUGGGCACCUUUGCCCGGCAUCACCAUCAUCACCACCACCAUCACGCCGCGGUUGCGGCAGCUGCGGCGGCAGCAGCGGAGAUGCAGGAGAGGGAGCUGAGCCUGGCGCAGAAUAGCUUCGUGGAACCGGCGCACAUGGGGGCUUUCAAGCUGAACCCUGCGGGGGGCUCUGGAGGGGGCAGCGGUGGAGGCAGUGGAGGUGGAGCCGGCUCGGCCGGGGUGGCAGGGAGCAGUGGACCUCAUGACUUGUCCCCGCCGGGGCAGAGCUCAGCCUUCACUUCCCAGGCGGGGUAUCCUGCAUCUGCCCUGGCUCCGCAUGCCGCGUACACGGGCGCCGCGUUCAACAGCCCCCGAGACUUCUUAUUCCGCGGACGAGGCUUUGCAGAGGGGGGUGCCGCUGCAGGAGGGGGCCAACAUGGCUUAUUUGGGCCCCCAGCAAGCAGCCUACACCAUCACCCCCACCAUCAUCAACUACCACAUGGGGAGCACCCGCAGAGCCACCUGCUGUUCCCCGGGAUCCAUGAGCAGCAUGCUGCAGCGUCCCAGAACGCUCUCGGCGGACAAAUGAGACUGGGUCUGCCCGGAGAGGUGUUCGGCAGGACAGACCAGUACCGCCAGGUGUCCAGCCCCAGAGGGGACCCCUACACUGCUGCACAACUGCACAACCAGUAUGGCCCAAUGAACAUGGGCAUGAACAUGGCUGCACACCACCAUCAUCAUCACCACCACCACCCGGGGGCCUUCUUCAGGUACAUGAGACAGCAAUGCAUCAAGCAGGAGCUCAUCUGCAAGUGGAUCGACCCCGAACAACUCAGCAACCCCAAGAAAAGCUGUAAUAAGACUUUUAGUACCAUGCACGAGCUGGUCACCCAUGUGUCUGUGGAACAUGUCGGGGGCCCCGAGCAGAGCAACCACAUCUGCUUCUGGGAGGAGUGUUCCAGGGAGGGAAAACCAUUCAAAGCCAAAUACAAACUGGUCAACCACAUCAGAGUUCACACUGGGGAGAAGCCUUUCCCAUGCCCCUUCCCUGGAUGUGGCAAGGUCUUUGCCCGAUCAGAGAACCUUAAAAUCCACAAAAGGACUCAUACAGGGGAGAAGCCUUUCCAGUGUGAAUUUGAAGGCUGUGACAGGAGAUUCGCAAACAGCAGUGACAGAAAGAAGCACAUGCACGUCCACACUUCGGACAAGCCCUACCUGUGUAAGAUGUGCGACAAAUCGUACACUCACCCCAGCUCUCUGCGGAAACACAUGAAGGUGCACGAGUCUUCCCCUCAAGGUUCAGAGUCAUCUCCAGCUGCCAGCUCCGGCUAUGAGUCUUCAACCCCUCCAGGCCUGGUGUCACCGAACACGGAGACACAAAGUACCAACCUAUCCCCCGCGGGGGCCGCAGUCUCUGCAGUGCACAGUGUAGCUAGCGGCGCCGCGGGGCCCCUGUCGUCAAACUUCAAUGAAUGGUAUGUGUAG